AUGGCACAGUUCAGCGACUGGACUCACGAAACGGAGGUGGCGGUCCUUGACGAAGUCGCAGCCGCUCAAGACGAUAGUCCGGAUCGCGUCCGACCGCGAGAGUCAUCAUUUAACCACCCGUCGGAGGAAACGAAUGUCGACGGCCAUGAGGCACCGAGGCCAGAAAGUGGUUCGUCGCAUUGGGACCCGCGACCCGGGUUCGCGCACAUCGAUGGCGACGUGAACGGCCCCGGGUACAAUGAGACUUUGGUCGACAUCGUCUGCGUGCCGUGUCCCGGCGCCGAUCCCGUCGAGACUUGGGCCCGCGACCCACUCCCGGAAGGGUACUUCGGCCACCCGGGCGAUGAUCUGCCGGAGACGACUUUGAAAGAGCUUGCCGGAGCCAGCAUCUUGUCACCAACCAUCAAUCGACAUCUGCCGAAAGCGGCGCACUUGUGGGUGAGGCAAGGGAUCAGGAAAGAUGUCAAUAAGGCGAGGGUACUGCUGUACCGGCACCGGGAGAUGAUCGAAGGCCUGACCCUGGAUGAACUGGCGGACGACUUGAUCGAGCAAGUGUGGAGUGUCAGGGAGGGUAACCAACGAUCUCGGCCUUUAUUCUUCAUCGCCCACAGUAUCGGAGGUUUGGUGGUUGAGUCCGCGCUUCUGAAAGCCACACAAAGUUCUAGAUACAAACCUUUUAUGUACAACUGCCAUGGUGUCACAUUCUUUGCUACCCCUCACAGAGGCUCAAGCUACCUGUCCAUGAGGAAUCUGGAGAACAGUAUCCAGCGCCUUUUACGCCUGCAGCGGCCCCUUCCACAAUCCAUCUCAAAUGAGCUUCGACUGGGCCACAAGCCUAUGCUCAAGAUGCACGAUAAGUUCGCGACAAUUGCGGCAGAGCUCAAAAUCUGGUCAUUUUAUGAGACAAUCGAUUCUCAACUAUCAGGGACUGGAUCGCAAAAUCGCGGUACAGCCAAAGAAGUCCGGUUUGGUGCUCCCAUCGUUUCCAUCAAGUCAUCUUUAGUCGGCGUCCGCCAAGAGCGUGUCUUCGCUCUCGAUAGCGAGCAUGCCAAUUGUGCCUCAUUCGGCCUCGGGAACACAGAGAUGAUGAGCACCUACCUCAAAGAACUUGCGGCAGCUGUCACGAAAGCCACUUAUCUGAGCUCUCAGUAUUUCCAUAAUCCCCUCAGCCUCAAGAAGCAUGUUAAGGUCGAGAUCAUUGGAUUCUACGACGACCCAGAUGCAGAGCUAGAGUCGGAUGUUCGUCUUUACUUCACGAAGCUUCAUCUCCAGGAGUUUCUGGACAAGGGUCCGGAGCGAUGCCUCGAGGAGCGCUUGAGAAGAACCACCCUCCGACCACGAUCGGAUCCUGUCUCUCCACCACAGCUCCCGGAAGCCUCGCAGCAGAGCAGUAGCGGUCUUGGAAUUCUGGCAGGUGUUCAUGAGCUGGGCCAAAGAUUCUUCGGCACGUCUUCCAACUCGGGAAGCCGACCAAGAACUGCCGACUCCGAAGAGUCCGCCGAGAUGAGAAUGAUCUGGGAGUACAUUGGCUAUGAUCCUCCGCUUAAUUACCGCCGGACUCUGGAUCAGUUUGCAUACCCUUCUCUGAGGGACACAUGGGCCCGCGAUGACGACCAGAUGCUUUACAAACUUACCAAGAAUCGAGCAUCUGUGGGAGAUGACCGUGAAAUCUUGACCUUGACUAGAAGGCAGACUGCAGGAUCUGGGUGGAGUCCGACUGAGAGACUAACACCAUCAAGUACUGGGCUGCUGGAUGAACAGACACAGCAGUCAGACACUGAUGAGGAGGACUUGGAGGAGGUCAUUAAAGAUGGCAAAGUCCUCAUGGUCGACCAGCUUUGGCUCUGGGCUAUUGACACAACCACGGUGACAACGUUCUUUUCGAAGAGAGAAUCCAAACCCAAGGAAGGGCCACUGUUCCAGCAAGCGGAUCUACGGAACAGCGUUUACAAUGAGCUGAACGGCGAUUUAACGGGACGAUGUGAAAAUUCUCUGGAUCUGGCAGCGUUCAUAGUGCUUCAUGCAAUCACCGUACUUCUUGAUCGAGCCUCACACCCUGAUCUAGAGGUUUUCAGAAUCUUCGAGGAAGCCAUUAGUAUGUUGACUGAGCGAAUGACUUCCUCUCUAAAGCGCUUCCGAAUGCAAACCUUCAAAGAUACUGGGGUCGGUUCAGACUCGGAGAGCAAUCGCCCAGAGUCCAUCAAAAAGCGUCACAAGCGAGAACUUCAGGAAGCCGAGCGUGAAAACCGAGAGAACACAUCCGCGCUGAUGGAACUUCGCGAUUUAGAAGACGAACUCAAAUCACUAGAGAGGCUAUUUGAGCAACAAGAUGGUGUGGUCAAGAACAUGAAGGCUGUCUUCGAGAGUGACGAUCUCAAGCAUCUGACGCGUAAUGGGAGGAUGUUUCUCGACGAGGCCUUGGACAAGCUCGAGGAGUACAAAAGUCAGACGACGGAAAUGCUGAAAAGGGUUGACACGACGCGAAAUGACUAUGAAAAACUUCUGGAGAUGGUUCAGCGCCAAGCACAAGUCGAUGAAGUACGCUGGUCACGUCUUCAGACCGAGCUCGCAUCGUCUCAAAACUUAUCCGUUAUGACAUUCACGACUUUCACCGUCAUCUUCCUCCCGCUGUCAUUCUUCACGAGUCUCUUUGGCAUGAACACAAUCGAGUGGGACGCCGAGCAAGGGAAGCUUCCUUCGAUCAGAUAUAUAGGGGCCAUUUCGCUGCCCCUGUCCGUUUUUCUCAUAGGCGCUGCUUUAAUUGCCGCGUUCAGCACGCGUGUACAAGAAUACGUGAGAAUCGGGUACAAGGGCGGAAAAGGUGUUGUCAAGUUUGCGUGGUCCGGUGUAAAAAAGGUUGUGCCUGAGCAGAAAAGGCAAAAGCGACGCGAUCGGAUUGACAGGGAAGAGAAGGAGGCGCGGAAAACAAGGAUACGGGAUCGCGGAUAUGACUUCUGGGCGACGGUGAGAAGAGAGAGGGGGAUUCAAAAUGCUAACCAACUUCUUGACGCCGAAUACUCCUGGUUCCGGAACGAAGAUAGUGGGAAAGAGGUUUUGAGGACUCUGAAGUACUCGUUGCCGUUGGAGUUGAAGAACACGAUCUCGCUGAUCUCCCCAACGACCCGCUUCUGUUCGCACCCGAUGAUGCAUACGUCACCUUCUACGACCGACUCGACCACCUCAGCAGAGCUGCGGAAGCACAAGAGGGCGUUCUCCGGCACCACACCAGAACCGCUUUGGAGAUCUGAGGCAAUCGCUCCAGCGGCACCAGUAUCUCAAGCCCAAGUCGAUGCGAGCUGCAAUAGAACUGUCACUCCUAGCUGUAUCAGGGCACUCUACAAUGUUCCUUCCAAGCUUGCUGUGAGUCCCGCGAGAGGACUGGGCGUCUACGCCUCGCAGAACCAAGUGCCGAAGUUUGCAGACUUCGCUCUCUUCGCGCAGAUGAUCGACCCGCCGUCGACCGGAGUCAACUUUUCCUUCCUCAGCAUCAACGGCGGCGUCACGAGCCAAGAUCAGAACCAGUUCUCAAACGCCGAAUUGAACUUCGACCUUCAGUACACCGCCGCGCUAUCCAACCCGGUACCAAACAUCGUCACAGCUGUUGCUGGAGAUGGUCCCAUCAAACUGGAGCUGGGAGGUUCUCCCGGCGAUACCACCGAGCCGUGGCUAAUCUGGCUCGAUGCCAUGCUCAAGCUUCCAGACGACAAGCUCCCGCAUACGAUCACCACGAGUUUCGGCGAGAACGAGCAGUCGCUACCGGAUGGAUACGUUCAACAAGUCUGCAACCAAUUUGGCGCACUUGGAGCGAGGGGUGUCACGAUGUUCGCCGCAUCAGGAGACUCUGGGCCGGGCAAUACUUGUGUCACGAACGACGGCACCAAUAGCACGCGCUUCAAUGCCGUCUUUCCGGCAGCUUGUCCGUUCGUUACUGGUGUUGGGGGUGUGAGAGGCGUUGCUCCGGAGAGGGCGAGUGACUUUUCCAGCGGUAGCUUCUCCGACAAGUUCGCCAGACCAGCAUACCAAAACCAGGCUGUGCCCGCGUAUCUGACAACCACCGUCGGUAACAAGUUUCAAGGUCUUUUCAAUGCAUCUGGUAGAGGAUUCCCGGACGUCAGCGCUCAGAGCUUCAAUGCCACCUUCGUCAGUGGAGGGCAGUUCGGCGGUUUCCAAGGAACCAGUGCUGCAGCACCAAUCUGGGCUGGUAUGGUUGGCAUGGUUAACGCGGCACUGAUACAAGCUGGAAAACCUCCCAUGGGUUUCAUUAACCCGUGGCUGUAUGGUGCUGGACUUCAGGCCGUGAACGAUGUUACGACAGGCGCGUCGAUAGGCUGUACUGGCACAACUGCCUUUGGAACACAGCAAUUCCCGCCUCAAUUCGGGGCUAAGCUUGUGCCUGGAGCCAGUUGGCCAGCUGCGAAGGGCUGGGACGCGGUCACAGGACUUGGGUCGCCUGAUAUUGGUAAGAUGCUGGCGUUGAGAAUGGCCAUGUAA